GUGUGUGUGUGUCUCCCUCCCUCCCUCCCCGGCUCUCAGCAUCACUGACGGCCGCGGCGACGCUGUCACCAGCCGGAGAACAGGCUCCCGUGUCCACGACCCCCAGGGCGUCUGUCGUUCACUCGUUGGCAUACGGGCCGACCGCGUGUGACCGGGACGCGACCGACACCUCCGGCGCAAUCCGCCGCCGCUGCUAUCGUGCGCGUCGUGGUCGGACUGAAUCGCAGGCCUCUCUGCCUGCCUGCUCUCCGCUCGGAGGGGUUUCUCCCAAGGACACCGGCGAUCUCCGCGGUCCGAGCUCUCCGCCGCGCCGCGCGGCGUCAGGGUGCGACGUCAUGACUUGAUCGCGCCUGGCAGAUGUUGCGGUGUUGCCUCCCGCACCCUCCGCUCGCUCUCGCUGGUUUGGUCGCGCUCUGCAAGAAGAAGGGCGGGGAGGAGAACGCAGCAGUCCGUGUGCUAGAUGUCUAGUCCUCGCUCGGCGCUCGGACUGAUCGCGACGCUCGUUUAGUCGUCGGGUUUUUGCGUAAGAUGAUACCCGGAUCCGCCGCAUCAAUGCUACCGUCUGCAGAAGCUGCGAAACUGUACCAGACCAACUAUGUCCGCAACUCCCGCGUCAUCGGACUGCUGUGGGCCAUCUUCACCAUCCUGUUCGGCAUGGUUAACGUGACCAUCUUCUCGCAGCCCUACUGGAUCGGGGAUGGCGUGGACACGCCGCAGGCCGGAUACUUCGGCCUGUUCCACUACUGCAUCGGAGACGGCAUCGCCAGGGAGCUGGACUGCCAGGGCACCUUCACCGAGUUCGCCGAGAUCCCCUCCAGUGCGUUCAAGGCCGCCUCCUUCCUGAUCGGAAUGUCCAUGAUGCUCGUCGUCUCCUGCAUCGGCUGCUUCAGUCUCUUCUUCCUCCUCAGCACCUCCACCGUGUACAAGAUCUGUGGCUGGAUGCAGGCGGCAUCGGGUGUCUGUCUGGUGCUGGGUUGUAUGAUCUACCCAGACGGCUGGGACAGCGACGAGGUCCGGCGGAUGUGCGGAGAGCAGACGGACAAAUACAGCCUGGGGGCCUGCUCAAUGCGCUGGGCCUACAUCUUGGCUAUCAUGGGCAUCCUCGACGCCCUCAUCCUCUCUUUCCUGGCGUUUGUCCUGGGGAACCGACAGGACGGACUCAUGUCGGAGGAGCUGCUGGCUGAGAGCAAGGAGGGAGGCAACGCCUAAAUCUAUACAGUUCCUGAAUCUCCAUAUGUCCGUUUUCAUACCUCAACAUCAUCUUGAAGUAAGGAGGCAGUCCGGGUCUGUGGAGGAGAGGAGUACCACUGAAGCAGCCAGCCUGCCUUUCACAUCUACCUGCCAAAAACCCAGUGUAACCCUCCCCUUGAAGUCCUUCCAUUCUCCCUACAUCAUUCCCAGCACUUAGAUGGAGCCCCGUGCUCUUUUAUCUCAUUGCGUCUACGGAACCAACCCUUGCACAACAUUGCAUAGACCAUGGCAGGGGCAGAGACUGUUAUUCUGUCGAGAUGUGCAUGGAUGACACACGACCUGCCUGAGAAGGCACAGGGUUGACACCUGCAGUAUGAGCACAGAAAAACAUAUACACAUAAGCCACCCCACUCAUGUCCAGGAAAACAACGCUGUACACCACAUAAUGCAGUACAUUCAGACAACACAUUAACAAAUUGUAAUGACAAAUAUUAGACUAUGUUAACACUUAGCCGUGUGUAUCAACGUCAGAAUGUGUGUCAUGUUUUAUUUGUGAAAAAAGAGAAACUGCUCAAUUCCAGACGACAUUGGGUUACUGUAAAUCUAUUGUGUUUCAUGUGUAAGGUUUGACAAUGAAAUGAAAAUUUUAGUUUCUUCUUUUGCUCAAAUGCUCUUUGUUCCUCCUCAUUUAUGAAAAAAAAUGAUAUUUAAAACUGUUUUAUAAGAAGAUUAUUAUCCAAAAGAGGAAAAAAAGUAUGUACAGUGAAUAUUAAAGAUGUUCUAGGAAUUUUAACAAAAUCCAUUCAAUGCCCCGCUAGCUAACUUUGCACAGCGCUUUAGUUUGAGGGAAAAAAUAAAUGAAUCAGAUAUUUUAUAGUCUGUUCACUGUGAUGGGGGCUAUUAACACUGCUGCAGGACUAGUAGUGCACUCGUGUGUGUGUGUGUGUGUGUGUGUGUGUGUGUGUGUGUGUGUGUGUGUGUGUGUGUGUGUGUGUGUGUGUGUGUGUGUGUGUGUGUGUGUGUGUGUGUGUGUGUGUGUGUGUGUGUGUGUGUGUGUGUGUGUGUGUGUGUGUGUGUGUGUGUGUGUGUGUGUGUGUGUGUGUGUGUGUGUGUGUGCGUGCGUGCGUGUGUGUGCGUAGUGAGUGCAUGCACUUAUGUGAGUUUUCGUGUGAAUGUGUUGAGUGCAGUAGUUUGUUGUCGGCUGGUGAAUCAAUAUUUCAGCCUCACACACAGUUGUCCUGUCGCGUAGCUUAAUCUGUCUGUCUCAGUCUUUCUCACUUUCCGAUUCUCUCUCCCUGACUCUCGUUUUGCUUAGUUUUGUUGGGACUUACAGGGUAACAUAAUAAAGUCGGAGUGUCGCGUUAAGUUGCAGGCGUGCCUGAGGAUUGAACUCCAGUGAUAAAGGGUUGGUAAGGCCUUUCCCACUUGUGGAUAUGUUCUUAUGUAAAUAGAUAUUCUAUAGAUACCAAACAAUUAGCCAAUGUGGACAAGGAAGUUAACUUACAGCAAUUAAAGAGAUUCCUAUCAGAAUAAAUUAACACUUAAUAAAGGUUUUCACUGUAAAACACUGUUGUGAUGUUUGAUCAUUUUGACAGAAGUUAUUAUCAGUAAUUUCAUCAGUGGCUGUGGUGCGAGCUCUGUGAAAUCUGAGAAAAUGUCACUUUAGGCUCGAAGAUGAGAAAUCUAUAGCAAAAAUCUUGGAUUGCAAACUCAGUAUGUCAAGUUGGAAAGACGAGGGCAUACACCACUCCACACAAGUCGAUUAAAAACCCCCACCCCCCGCGGGGAAUGUAGUAUAUGUAUUUUUGAACAGUCAUUUUAAGAAUCUGUCAAUUAAAAAUCUCCCAACUUAA